AUGGGCUGCUGCCUCAGCCAGCCCGACCCCGACCUGGUAGCCGCCGACGCCUACCAGCGACUGGUAGGCGACUGGUCCAACGACGCGGACAACGACAUACGGCGCGAGAUGUACAUGGCGAUCAAUGCCAACGGCCGGGUCAGCGUCGUGGAGGAGCACAGGUGCCUGCGGGUGGGGCCCAAGUGCUUCUGCGCCGACUCCAGCGUCGAGACGCGCAUCCUCAGGGUGAAGGCUGUGGAGCCCGACGGCGUGGUGAGGAUUGGCGCCUGCUGGAGGCUGUGGUACAGCGUGAGGUUGGGCGGGGACGGGGAGGCCCUGUUGGUUAACACGAACACGGGGUGCGUGGGCAGGCAGGCCUUUGCGCUGAGGCGGACGGCGGACAAGCGGGGCGUGGGGUACUUCAACGCGGAGAAGCAGUGCGGGAAGGUGGUUUGUCUCUGUUGA